AUGGGAGAUCUAUGGAAUUUGGAAGUUGCACCUGCUAUCAAAAUAUUUCUCUGGAAAUGUGCUCAUGAAAUCCUCCCAACUAAUGCUAAAACCGCAAGCAUUCUUCACUAUAUUGAUCCUAUAUGCAAGAUAUGCAAAAGUGGGGAGGAGACAAUGACACACAUGUUCCUCAAUUUCCCAGCUGCUACUGAUGUUUGGCAUCAUAUGUUUGGUGAAAGUCAUGGUCUGUUUGACCAUCAAUUAUCUUUCAUGGAUUGUUUCAAUACUUGGUUUCAACAUACAACUAACAGUGAAAAUAUCAGCACUUAUGCUACUACUUGCUGGUUUAUUUGGAAGGCUAGAUGUGAUCUAGUUUUGCAAAACAUCAAACCCAAUUAUAAGAAAACCACUCUUAGUAUUCAACAACACUUAUGUGAUUAUAACAAAAUCCAAAAUUUGGCUCAUCAUGCCCUGAAUACUCAGGGGCAUAUCUCUGAAACUGGUCUUCAAAGAGAAGAAACAGGAUUCCAUGUUGGGAUCCCUCAGCAAAAGCAGGAUUAUGGCAAAUAUGUUGAUAGCAGAGGACACACAGGCCAAUUGGGAGCAAGCGGAUCCACAGGAGGAGCAGAACUAGCAUUUGGCUGGGCUGAGGAAAAGUAG